CAGAAUGUGUAGGAGGCUGUUAGUUUUCAGAACUACAACAUGUAAUGAAAGCAUACAUUUGGACAGAGAACAGAUUUCUUCACCAUUUUCUAUCGAGCUCCCAUCUGAUGUCAGUACAACUUCAACACAUUUAAAGCCAGCUUGCUGUGAAAACCACUUUCUUUCUUUAAAAAGAAAAAGUUUAACCUUUAGAGGACAUUAGCUUGUAAGUGAGUGCAGUUUAAAUAAGAUUUUAUUUUUGUAAACUUACACAGAGCAUACUGUAAUAAUUAAGUUAGAGUGGCUUCAUCCUCUGGACGGUUGAAAUGCAGGAAUCUACAGGAAUGCAAGAGACAACGUCAUCAUGCAGAUAUGAUGUUUUGAAUGAAGCCGGAGAAUCCCCGCAGUCAUUACAUGUAGUUCUGCAAGAAUCAUUGAUGUCUGUGACCAAGCUUUGUGCCAAGAUAUCUAGUAAAUGUUGAAAUAUUUCACAUUAAACCCCAAAUGUGAACCUUACUGGGGCCCUGGAGGACAAGUCAAGUUUCCCAGUUGUACAGUUUAUCUUCUGAGGAUGGUGAAUAAAGAACAUUUGCAGACAGUUUGGAGUUUCUGGUUCAUGACAUCUGCUUGUCCUGAAGGGAGAAUGUUGGAGAACCUGGAAAACAAAGCAGCCAUGACCUUGUUCAAUGAGGCAAGAGGAUAAAACAUCAGAUGUGAACUGUACAAUACCAUUGUACCACAAAUGCGUCGUUGUUGAUGUACGGAAAAGAAGUUUGAAGAGUUAAGAGGAAUGAAAUGCUAAAAGUUGUGAAAUUUUGGGGGGUACAUAUAGAACUGAAAAAAAUGUCAGUUCUGUACAGCUGUAUGUUCUCCAGCUGGACACUCAUUUUACUCCACCCAGUAAACUGCAGCUGUUCAGACUCUGGACAUGGCUUCUGCAUCUGAUGAUGUGUUCUCUGUUGAGACUGGGUGUGUGCUAUUCAAGGAGACUUCAUUCAUCCUGAAUUGCACAAGUGCUCCAGUAAAAACAAAGUGAGGCGCACACCCAUUUUCUGAUCAUUUUAUCCUCAACAUUUGUAAUGCAAGACGGUUUCAUCUGCUUCACACGACCAGCUCAACACGAUGCUCUGCCGUUCAGUACUCCUCAUUCUGUCUUUGAUGGCAUUCAUGCACGGCUCGGACGGGUCCAGCUGUGAUGAAGACUGUGCAGAUAAACCUGUAUUCAGCCCAUCCAGACUGGUAGUGAAGUACGGUGACCAAGCCUCUGCCAGGUGCACUGCAUGUCGGAGCGAUUGCCAGAGUGACCAGACUAACUUGAACGUGUCUAUUGGAAAACCGAGAAAAGAUGGAAACAUUAUAUUGUGGAAGGUUGACAGUAUGACUGCAUGGAAUCCAUCAGCCAUGUGCUACUACAUUAAAGACGAUGGCAACACGUGCUGUAACCACCUGCCUGUAACCGUAUACAGUCCUCCACAACAUGUGACGAUGUACCAGAUAUACGAGGAGAAAGGCUAUGGGUCGGACUCUGAGGGCAGGCAGUACUCUCUACUUUGUAUCGUCUAUGAUGUGGCUCCUGUUGAAAACCUCGUUGUGACCUUCUACAGAGAACAGACAGUUCUGGGUCAGCUCCGCUCCGACAGAACCAGCAAGACUCCAGUGACUGUGAGCCUCACUCUGAAAACUAACUCCAGCGCAGAGGACGACUCACACCUGUACUGGUGUGAAGCCAAACUGGACCUGGGACCUGGAGGACCACAGCACCCCCCAGUGGCCAGGUCGGGAAAACGCAUGGAGAGAGAAUACAUGAUGGUUUCUAGCGGCACAGUGAUUCAAAGCUUCACAUUUUUGAUUUUUUGUCUUGGUUUUCUUCAUUUCUGGUGUAAUUAGGAGGCAGUUUAGUUAACACAAUAAAUACUCACUCAUAUCCUUAAUGCAUGUAGCUCCUAUCAGGAUCAAUAAAAAGCAGUUAAAUAAACAAAAAUGGAUAUUUUUCACAGUCUACCGCUGAUAUUCAGCCUCUACAGGGCUACGUUUUAAUCUGCAAAGUGAACUGUGUUUUCCAGCUGUUCAUGAAAUCUUACAUUAUGUUAAUGCAUGUAUUUUAAAAUAUGGUUUACUUCAGUCUUUACUUCCUCAAUUAAAUCUACCUUCUUUAUUCAAGAACACAAUCAGAGAAAUCUGAGACAAUUCUUUGAGUCUGUAUCCUCUUACUGAAAAGAUGAUGAAGGUCUGAGCAGCAGAUCAGCUGCAAAUCACUUCACAUUGUGCUCAUUUAAAUAAUAAAGGAUUCUACUUUCAGUUU